AUGUCAAGAAGAUCCUCCAAUGUGACAUCGGAAAAGAUGGGAAACGAUGUUGACCCCGGAGCUGAAGAAAUCGAAAACCGACCGCAAAUUUUCAGCAUUAACCCAGAUGAAGAGACAAAGGUUGUCCGAAAGCUCGACGCCGUCAUCAUGCCCCUGAUGGCCGUUGUGUACUUCUUUCAGUAUCUCGACAAGCAGUCGAUCAACCAGGCUGCCAUUUUCGGACUUCGGGAGGAUCUCCGCCUCACAGGAGAGCAGUUUUCCUGGGCUGUAUCUCUUUUCUAUCUCGGACAGCUGUGUUCAGAGUACCCUGCAGCUUUCUUGUUAUCACGGCUGCCGAUCGCUCUCUACGUUGGCAUCACCAUUGUUGUUUGGGGUGGAGUAAACAUGUGCCUCGCGGCUGUGCAUGACUUUGCAGGGCUUGCGGCCACAAGAUUCUUCUUGGGUUUCACCGAAGGUACUGUUUCGCCAGCUUUCAUAAUCAUUACCAGCAUUUGGUACAAGAGGAAUGAGCACCCUAUUCGAGUUGCGACCUGGGUCUCUAUGAAUGGAGUCUCCCAGAUUGUUGGCGCACUCCUGAUGUAUGGUAUUGGGCAAGGGAACCUACAACUCGCUGCUUGGCGCGCUCUCUUUCUCAUCUGCGGGGCUUUGACAUCUGCUGUCGGACUCAUCUUCAUCUUCAUGAUGCCUAGGGAUACCACAACAGCCUGGUUCCUCAGCCCUCGCGAACGAGAAAUUGCAACUCAGAGAUUGGCAAUUGAUAGGGCCACUCGAGAUCGUGCCGAGUUCAACAAAGCUCAAGUUCGCGAGGCUCUCAUGUCGCCCAUGACUUGGAUCUACUGCUUGAUUGCACUAUGUAUUACACUGACAACCCCAAUCAUCAAGUUCAAUGCCACUGUUAUCAAUGGCUUCGGCUACUCGAAAUUUCAGACCAUGUUGGUGGGCAUGCCUGCGGGGGCAGUCAACACCACAACAGUGUGGGCCAGUGCCCUUAUUCCACGCUGGCUUCCAGGAACGAGGGUUUAUACUGGUAUCGGGUUGUGCAUCGUGCCCUUGCUUGGUGCAAUUCUCCUGAUGACUCUACCAGCCAAAGGUGCUGAGUGGGGUAUUGUCGUCUCAACUUGGCUUGGUGGUUGCAGUUCAGCCCUGCUGAGUACUGGAGCAAGCAUCAUCGCAAGCAACGUCAAAGGAAAUACCAAGAAAAGCAUUGUGUCAGCAGCCUUUUUUGUGUCGUAUGGCGUGGGCUGUAUCGUGAGCCCACAAGCAUGGACGCAGGACGAUGCACCACGAUACCGGAAAGGGUGUAUUUUGAGCAUUGCGGCGAUGGUGUGUCUCAUCUUGACGUUUGCUGGAUACGUUGUCAUUGUGAAAGCGAAGAACAAGAGUCGAGAUGCCAAGGCUGAUGUAGGGCAGUCUGAGUACUCAGCGGAUAUUUCGUGGAAUAGUGACCAGGCUGGAGUAGACGUGGACUCCGACUUGACGGAUGUUCAGGACAAAGGUUUCCGGUACACCAUUUGA